UUUUUUUUCUCAAAUUACGUGAAGUACUGGACAUUGGUGAAGUUGAGAAAGAAAUUUUGUGCUUUGAGCUGGUGUUUGUGCAAUUUUCACUGAACCCUCAAGUGUUCACCAGCAAAUUGUUGUUGUUCAAAUACUCUUUUUAGUUCACAAUAGAGUUUCCGUUCUUGUAAGAUAUUCUUUGAUCAAAACUAACUCUUAUUGAUUAUAAUCUUAAAUUUGUUCAAAGCUGGAAAGUUUAAAGAAAUAUUCUGAUGAAAUUAAAUUCAUUAUAUGGGAAUGAUAUAAAUAUUUUAAAUGUGGAUGCCGUUAUGUCCUUAUUCACAACGAAUAAUGGUGUAAGAGCACUGCUAUUUGUUGUCUGCUUACUAUUUCUGUUUAAUAUAAUUGUUAAUUAUUUUGGUUAUAAAAAUGAAAAUGAGUCAAGUUUUAGCAAAUUAAGUUUUAGAAAAAUUCAUAACUAUACAAACACAAAUGGAGAUAACGGAGUCUUAUAUAAAAUAGCUCCAAAACAUUCCUUGGACGCAUCUAUUGUUUUGAUUUCAUCUACAAGCGAGCCUAAUGGCCGUUUGGUGUCAAACACUGUGGAGUCAAUAUUAAAUAGCAGCCAUAAUGUGUAUUCGUCAACAAAUUUAUUUACCACAAGCCAAAUUACAUUUCCGGAAUGUAUAAGUUCAAGUAAUGAAGAAAAACUAUUUGUGCCUAACGUAACUUUGGAGUCGUUGGAUGUUGUUGAAGAAGAAUUGGGACCUCUUUUGGAACCUGGUGGUUUCUUCCAGCCAAAAAAUUGCACACCUAAACAUCACGUUGCUAUUGUAGUACCUUUUCGCGAUCGUUAUGCUCACUUGUCCAUAUUUAUACGUAACAUUCAUCCUUUUCUUAUGAGGCAAAAUAUUGCAUACAGAAUUUUCAUCGUUGAGCAGACAAAUGGAAAACCAUUCAAUCGUGCCGCCAUGAUGAAUAUCGGAUUUUUAGAGGCGUUGAAGAUAUAUCCCUGGGAUUGUUUCAUUUUCCACGAUGUAGAUUUGUUGCCAUUAGAUGAAAGAAACAUUUACAGUUGUCCUCGACAGCCAAGGCAUAUGUCAGUAGCAAUUGACACACUUAAUUACAGGUUGCCAUAUCGAGCAAUUUUUGGUGGAGUUUCUGCAAUGACAACGGAACACUUUCGAAAAGUUAAUGGAUUUUCCAAUUCAUAUUUUGGUUGGGGAGGUGAAGAUGAUGACAUGUCGAACAGAUUAAAGCAUGCGAAUUUAUUUAUAUCCAGAUAUCCCAUAAAUAUAGCACGUUAUAUUAUGCUUAAACAUCGAAAGGAAAAGGCAAAUCCUAAAAGGUAUGAAAACUUAGUAAAUGGGAUAAAUAGAUUUGAAAUGGAUGGCAUUAAUUCAAUUAAAUAUGACUUAUAUAGUAUAAAAUAUUUUCCAAUGUUUACAUGGUAUUUGGCUGAAAUCAAGGUUUCAGAUGUAACUAGCUAAUAUAGAAAAUUAAUUUUAUUUAUAAAUACUUAAAUUAUAUAAAUAAAAUUUUUUUUAAAUUCAUAUACCGAUAAUUUGCGUAUAAUAAAUUGAUCAUUAAAGCAAUUCAAAAAUUAAUUGAACAACGCGAAUUUCGAAGACAAAUGGGUUGGAAAUCGUCACUAGUAAUUUUCUGGCUAAAGAUUACAAGGAGCGAGUCUAUAUUUCGAUGCCACUCGCCGCUGAUGACUACGUACUGUUCACAGCUCCCGUCAGGAGCAGAGAAACUAUUCGAACUACAAUAACAACAUUUCUAUACUAAAUACGAUAAAAAUGACAAUUAUUAUUAAUACAAUAAUAAUUGUAUUAAAAACAACAA